AUGGCUAAUUUUGAUUUCACCGACCACUCUCAUCGUCGUUUCAACCCUCUUACAAGAUCGUAUGUCCUCUGCUCGCCUCAUAGAGCAAAAAGACCUUGGUUAGGUGCCAGGGAAGCUUCCAAUGUCAAGCUGUUAGAAAGCUAUGAUCCAAAAUGCUUCCUCUGCCCGGGAAAUACUAGAGCUACCGGUGCUCAGAACCCUAAAUAUGUGUCUACAUAUGUUUUUCCGAACGAUUACUCUGCCGUUAAGUUGGAUCAACCUGAUUACAACGAGAACGAGGAUGGACCUAAGGAUCCCUUGGCUAAGAGACUACUGGUCACCCAAGGUGUCAAGGGAAAGUGUUUUGUUGUCUGCUUCUCCCCUAACCACGCUGUCACUUUGCCUCUAAUGAGUGUUCCUGAAAUUGUCAAGGUCGUCGAUACUUGGACAAAGCUUUACACGGACUUGAAGGCAGAACAUUCCGCCGGAAAAGCUCCUUAUAAGUACUUGCAGAUCUUUGAGAAUAAGGGUGCUGCUAUGGGAUGCUCUAAUCCUCAUCCUCACUCUCAGGCCUGGGCUUUGGACACGAUUCCUACCGAGGUUGAUACGGAGUUGAAGAAUCUGACCAAGUACAAGGAGACCUAUCAUUCAGAUCUUCUUGGUGACUAUGUCAAGCUCGAAAUGCAGGAGAAGAAGCGUAUUGUCUUGGAGAACGAUUCGUUCAUAGUCGUUGUUCCUUAUUGGGCAUUAUGGCCAUUUGAGACUAUGGUGAUCUCUAAAGAGCAUCUUCACUCCUUGCAAGAGUUCAAUGAUAACCAAAAGAAUGACUUGGCUUCUAUCCUAAAGAAGCUUACUAUCAAAUAUGAUAAUUUGUUCGACACCUUCUUCCCUUACUCUGCAGGUAUCCACCAGGCCCCUUACUUCGGUACCGAAGAUGAGGUUGAAAACUCUUGGUUCCACAUGCACUUUUAUCCACCUCUUUUGAGAUCCGCCACUGUCAAGAAGUUCUGUGUCGGUUUCGAGAUGUUAGGAGAGGCCCAGAGGGAUUUGACUAGUGAACAGGCUGCUGAUAGACUUCAGAAACUUGAUGGUGAUGUUCAUUUCUUGAACAAAUAA